AUGACAAAAGCAACAGAAACAGCCCUUACAAUAUUCGCAAUAUCAUCAAUAUAUUUUGCAUUAUAUACAAAAUUAAUCCCCACACCUCAAAUUUUCUAUAAUGAAAUAUUACCAUUUUUACCAUUUUGGGCUUUAGUUUCAUUUGGUUCUUAUUCUUUAUUUACUUUAGGUUGGGGUAUUAUUACUUUUAAAGAUAAAUCUAACAAAUAUGAAGAAUUAAAAAUUCAAAUUGAGGAAGCUAAGGCUUUUUAUAAAUCUAAGGGAAUUGAUAUUGAUUAG